AUUUCGGACCGUUUCAUUGGCUGGUAGCGACGCCUUCUCUCCGCUCCUUUAAGCUUUCUUCAGCUAUCCUCUUCGCCAAAUAACUCGCAAUCUUUGUUCUUAAAACAACGCCGAGGUUGUCUGCACGAUCUCUGAGACGGAGGAGAACAGCUUCGGUCUUUCUCUUUCCGAGGAGGAAGGAGGGAGGGAGUCCUCAGAUGGGUUCCUCCCUCUUAGGUUUCUCGUGAUGGGGAUUGCCGAAAGGUUGAGAAGCAGUUAGCGCAUUCACAGCACUCAUCCUCAACUCACUUUCAAAAUAACACACCAGUGGCAUGCAAUCUUAGCUGCUAAAAAUCAAGGUCCUCACCUUCUCCGAAUGGAUGAAGAGGCAACAGAGAGGGGUAGUAUCUUAGAAACCGCAGAGGUUAUUAAGCCUAUAGGAGGGGUGAGGAGAAAUUCGACAGGAAAAACAUCUCCCACAGGUUUGCUUUCCUUAUCAAACAGUGAUCAAAAGCCUCUGCCUCGCUAUCUCCAAACUUCUAUAAAGUCGUGCCAUGAUUUUUGUAAGUAUGGAAGGAAACAUGAUUUUGAAGGAAAGGAAAAGCAUUCCUUUCUUCACAGAUCAAGGAAUAAUCUCAUCACAGUUGAACAGCAAAAUGAGGCAAAAGCUUUGGAUUUUGGAGAAAGAAGGAAGAAACCCGUAAGUAAGGUGAAGUCCUCAUCCAUGCAGAGAAUUGGAUUUUCCGAUGAACUAAAAACCAUCAAGCAGAAGGGUUUGUCAACAACCAAGGGAACUGGAUUGUUGGACAAGACUGUCGACAAGGAGUUACAGACUUUGUCACCUUGCCGGAAAAAUGUUGUGUCUAGCAAGCAGGCAAUUCUUCCCUCAUCCCCAGAAAAUGAACAUACUAAGUUAAAAAGACUAAGUACAGUUGGCAGAAAGGAGAGACAGAUAAUCAAACAGAAGGCUCCUCUUCAGUUAAAAACAUUCCUCAACAAGCCCAAAGAUUUCAAGCAAAAGGGUCUGUACCAUGCCAACAAAGUUGAUGCAUGUGGGAAGCCUGGUCCUGUAAAGGAAAGGACUGCAUUGCCUUCCAACAAAGGCAUAGCAUCUGUUAAGCCCAAAUUGCUUAGGCAGAUAUCUGUGAAGAAGACAAUGACAGCUGCUAUUCCCAUGAUUAUGAAGCAAAAGGCAUCGGUUCCUCCCAAGAGUAUUGGUAUCCCUGCUAAACCUGAAGUCUUUUUGAAGGCCAAGAAGGCUCCAGAGGUAAAGUCUGCAUCUGCAUUAACUCGUCCAGCACAUCUAGCCUGUCGAAGGAAUCGGGAGGACAAGAUAUCUUUGAGUCUCAGAAUGACAAAAGUUGGAGAGAGGAAAGUAUUGAAACCAUCAACAGCUUCUUUACCUACUAAAUCUUCUGCCGAUGGUGCCUCAAACUUGAAACCAAGGAAAUAUGGGAACACAAAGCUCAUGGCUCCUGUGAAGCGCCAAGGAAAUGUUGAAAAAGCUGCAUAUGAUAUUGGAGAACAGUUUGAAAAAUCAGAACAUGGUAUUGACAGGUAUGAGGAGCAAAUAUUGUAUGUUGUUGAGCCCAAAGAAGAGAAUGUUGAUUUGGAUUCCACACAGCAAAUAUCUGAUGGCCACCAGAUAUUAGAAUCAAUGUUUCAUGAUGAGGAAGAGGCUGAGGAACCUGAAUCUGUGUCUGGAAUUAGUGACUCAAGUGAAUCGCUAUUUGAUGAUGUGGGAACCAAAAGCAAAAGCAGCAAUGUUUUUUCAAAGGGUGAAGAUAGAAGGAGGCCACGAAGAACUGCAACUGUUCAUCCAGAAGAUGGUAAUCAACCUUACAAGUUGAAGUUUAGGAGAGGUAGAGUCCUUGAACCUCAGGCUGAGAGCAAUGGGCCAAGAAGGCUCAUAUUCAGGAGAGGAAGAGUGGUAGGUGAGAACCCAAAUGGUAAUUGUGUAGCAGGGAGGAGAAGGUUUAGGCGGAGGAAUGGGAUGGAUGUCUUGAAGGACCCCAAUGCAGAUGCUCUAGGUGUGGUCCUGAGGCAUCAAGAUACAGAGGGGAAGAAAGAGACCCAAAGUCUGUUCAAUAACGUGAUCGAAGAAACUGCAAGUAGGCUUGUAGAGACCAGGAAGAGCAAGGUGAAGGCUUUGGUGGGUGCUUUUGAAACUGUCAUCUCUCUCCAAGAUAGCAAACCAGCAUCUACAGAGUAGUAAAGUGAUAAGUCUUUCCAUGAAGAUUAUUGGAAUGCGCAUGGUCAGACUACAACAGAGUAUAUGGUUAAAUAUAGCUCAGAAUUUCUUGAAUAUACAUCGUAAUAAGAUCUGACUCUACAAGAAUAUAUGAACUUGGAUUUGUGGAGAGGCUUGUGCAUAUCUGUUAAUGAAGAGGUAGCUUGGGUUGAAAAGGUUGGGAGUUUGCAAAAUUUUUCUGUUGUCUUGCCAUAUAUUUUUUGCUGGGAAGGACUUCAUUAUCUUUAUCUUUUAGUUCAUUCUGAUUUGGUUCUUCUUGGAACUGUACUGAAUAAGCAUAUAUUAGGUGGAUUAAGAUUUGUUUGUAUGAGUGUAUUUGGAUUGAUCAUUACCAAAUUGGCCUUGGUGGCCUUGGUCUUUUUGUAGAGACGUUUGGAUUUUGCAGAUUACAUGCAACUCUGUGUAUAUUUAUAAAUGAGAGCAACGAAAUAUCAACAAUUUUCUCAGA